AUGGCGGGUAGUGCAUCUUCUGCUACAACUCCGUCUUCGUCGUCACCAGCGACCGAUACUGGCACUAAGGUGUUCUCGAACUCAGUCGGUAUCACCAGUUUGUUGACGUUCGUUAUUUUGAUACUGGCAUGGCUGGUCGGAUUUGCAUCGCGUCUCUUCGCAAUUGUUCGUUUCGAAUCGAUCAUUCACGAAUUUGAUCCAUGGUUCAACUAUCGCGCAACACAUCAUAUGGUAGAACAUGGAUUUUAUAAUUUUCUGAAUUGGUUUGAUGAUCGCGCUUGGUAUCCGCUUGGACGAAUCGUUGGUGGAACGGUAUAUCCUGGGCUGAUGCUCACCUCAGGUGGUAUUCAUUAUAUUCUCUCACUGCUCAACAUUCCAAUUCAUAUUCGUGAUGUUUGCGUCUUUCUUGCACCAACCUUCAGUGGUUUGACGGCAAUAGCGACAUAUUUUUUAACAAAGGAAUUGUGGACACCUGGUGCAGGUCUGUUUGCUGCAUGCUUUAUUGCCAUAUCACCUGGAUAUACAAGUCGAUCCGUGGCUGGUUCAUACGACAAUGAGGUGAUUAAUUUUGUUUGUGGGAUGUUUCAGUUCACAUACUUUUUGUGGGUUCGAUCGGUGAAAACGGGUUCUAUAUUUUGGGCGUCUUUAACAGCAUUAUCCUACUUCUAUAUGGUAUCCGCAUGGGGUGGUUAUGUGUUCAUCAUCAAUCUCAUUCCACUACACGUGCUUGCGCUGAUUAUGAUUGGACGAUACUCAUCGAAGAUUUACGUUGGUGAGUAUUGUCUUUGUGGAAUGUGUCUGGAAAUAUUUCAGCUAAUAGCCGCACUGAAGUACGCUCAGCGUCGUAUCACACGUAAACAAUUCGUAACGUUGUUCAUUGGUGGUGUUUCCAUAACAUUUCUGGUCGGAUUUGCGUUCAUCGCUUUCUUGACCUAUGCUGGUUAUAUUGCACCUUGGUCAGGUCGGUUCUAUUCGCUAUGGGAUACUGGCUACGCCAAGAUUCAUAUACCGAUUAUUGCGUCCGUGUCAGAGCAUCAGCCGACCACGUGGGUGUCGUUCUUCUUCGAUUUGCAUAUCACGGCUGCCGUAUUUCCGGUUGGAUUGUGGUACUGCGUCAAGAAUGUGAAUGAUGAACGUGUUUUC